AUGGAUUCCAAUCUAGAAGGACAGAAUUCAGAAGCUGAGAGAGCAAAAGCAUUGAAAGACUUUGAUGACACAAAGGCUGGUGUGAAAGGACUUGUUGAUACUGGGAUUACUACUCUUCCUCCAAUCUUUGUUAUCCCAGAUGAUCAUGAGUUCAAGGUACCAACUAUAGACCUUCAAACUAUGAAUGAAUCGACGAUCAUAGGCGAAAUCAGAGAAGCUUGUAAGUCAUGGGGAUUCUUCAAAGUCAUCAACCAUGGGAUACCUCAAGAUGUUUUGGAUGACAUGAUUGAAGGAGUAAGAAGAUUCUAUGAGCAAGAGCAGGAAGUGAAGGUGCAGUUCUACUCUCGUGACAACACAAGAAAAGUUCGGUACACUAGCAACUUUGAUCUUUACAGGUCAAAAUUUGCAAGUUGGAGGGACACUCUGAUGUGCCAUAUGGCUCCCAAUCCACCAGAGCCUGACCAAUAUCCACCAGUAUUCUACUGGAAUGGCAGGGAUAUACUGAAGGACUACUCUGAGCAGCUUAACAAGUUAGGCGACACUCUAUUUCGGUUGAUUUCGCAGGCGCUUGGUCUUGUUCCUAACCACCUUAUAGAUAUGGAAUGUGCCAAAGGGAAUGUCUUUUACUGCCAUUACUAUCCAACAUGCCCUGAACCAGCUAAGACCUUGGGACAUGCCAAGCACACAGAUCCUGAUUUUCUCACUAUACUUCUACAAGAUCAGAAAAUAGGGGGACUUCAAGUUCUGCACCAGAACCAAUGGAUUGAUAUUCCCCCAGAAGAAGGAACACUUGUGAUCAAUGUUGGAGACCUCUUGCAACUAAUCUCUAAUGACAAGUUCAAAAGUGUUGAGCAUAGAGUGCUGGCAAACCCCACUCCUAGUCCAAGAAUCUCAGUUGGUUACUUCUUCACAACAAAUUUUGAGAAGUCUGAUAAGAAGUAUGGUCCUAUCAAGGAGUUGCUGACACCCGAAAGUCCAGCGCUGUACCAAGAGACCACCAUCGCGGACUACAUCGAGUCUUUUGCCAAUGCAGCACUUGGUGGAGCUGCACUGGCGAAACUGCGGCAGCCUGCCAUGGAAGCAAAGCAGAAAGAUUGAAACAAGUCAUCAAAAUGAAACCUAACCGUUGGUUCAUUUCAUGCAUUUGAGUGAACUGGUACAAAAUAA